CUUCAGGUAGUUAUAUUUUCACUCGUAUUUUUACAUAACAUAGGGCCGCCGAGAGGUUUCGGACUAAAGGCCCUGGGGCAAAAGUUUUUCAGUGUAUAAACGCUUACCAAUCCGACAGUGCUGACCAGUUUAUUAUCUAAUAUUAUUGCUUUUCUAUUAUUAAGACUAACCUACUAACCGCUUGUACGCAAUACCAAUUAUGGGGACUGUACUAUAACAUUUAGAUUAGAUUUAACCGAAAGACGAGGCCUAGCAGAAUUUUUUUGCGACCACGUCCUUUAGAUAAGCUCAAAAUACAUUUAAGAAUUUUACCUGCAGUCAUUUCUGGCAAUCGUUUAUAAUGUUUUACUAUAACUAGACAUAAUUUUGCUAAUUUUGACUGAUUCCAUUUCUAUCCCUUUCCCCCUCUCGGCGGCCCUGUUUAUACAGUUUUUGAAAGGAUUGACGCAAGCUUUUGGAGAUUUCAAUGAGAUAUCACUGAAAAUAUUAUUUUAAGAAACCCGAGACAUGUUCUAUGUGCUUCUUGAUUAAUCAUAUCGCUUUUUGAUUGUCAUUUCCAAAAUAUCAUCUUAAUAAUGAAUUGAAAUGGAAAUAAUGUUAUCUAUCUUUAAAAAGCUCAACGAACAGUUCAAAAUCCAUCUUGCGUACUCACGCGUGUAAGUUAAUUGAUCGCUAGUUAAAACGCUUAAAUCACGUUGGUUUCCGCUUGUCAAAAUUUCAACGCAGAGGUCCAUUCACACUUGUCGCGUUUUUCAUGCCGCGGACCAUAAAAGGUGUGCGUUUUUUGACGCACAGCUUGGUGCCAAUGCGUUUUUUUGCAAUGCGGCAAAGUUGAAAAAAUCCAACAAAAACGCUUCGUGACGCUCAGAUCACUAGUUCAAAAUGGCUGCUAAACACGUCAACAAGGAGUUAUUGAUUGAAUCGGUUAGAAAAUAUCCUUGUCUUUACGAUACAUCGCGGAAAGAUUACAAGGACGACAGUAUUAGGGAAAAUGCCUGGAAAAUGGUUUGCAUCGAUGCGUUGAACCAUGUGCAAGAAGACCAAAAACUACUGAAUGAAGAUAUUGCAAUGCUGAAAAGAGUUUUCAAAAACUUGAGAGACCGGUACAUGAAAAUGAAGAAAGAGUACAAGCCGUCAGGGAGUGCAGGAGGGGUUCCUUUGGAGCCUUCGUGGCCAUUCUUUGCCCAGUUGCAAUUUCUGGAUCCAUUUCUAAAACAUAGGCCCACUACCAGCAAUUUGCAAGUGACAUCCUAUGGUUUCGAACGUUUCUCCGAACAAGAAACUACGCUGCAAACUGAUAAUGAGGAUUCAUUCGUCAAUCUGCCUGAUGAGGAAAUCGAGACCCUGUCAUCCAGUUUAAAGCAAACCUCUUCCCCAGACACCCAAUCUUUUACCCCGAUUCUUUCACCAACCGUCUCUAUUGAUGCAUCAGUUGCUGCCCCCUCACCUUCUUCGUCAAUACCUGCCAAUACUGUACAAACAGGUAAAUCAAAAAAGCGCAGAAAGGGUCAAGAAGAGACAAGUAACGAGCUGCUGUUACAAGCUUUGAAAGAAUCCAAUGACUUUAUUGCAGCAGCAUGCAGUCGCCAGGAGCCUGAUGAAGAUGAUUUGUUUGGGCAAAGUGUCGGGAAACAGUUAAAGAAACUAAGUGAAUACCAAAAAAGCCUUGCUAAAAUAAAAAUCCAGCAAGUUAUACAUGAAGUUAAGUGGCUGAGUGAGAGCCAGUUGUAAAACGUAAAUUUGGUAGCAUUAAGAACCUUUUCGAUUUUGAAUAACAUUAUUAGAUUAGAUAGCGUCUUUUUAAAAUCGGGUGCCGUUUGAGAGAGGGGAGAUACUAUUGACCACUGUGGUAUUAUUGAAUUGCCUCUCCCCCCCUCUUGCAUAAGCAAUCUCAUCAAAUAGGCCCCUAAUCUGGAACUGAAAAUUCUAAAUAAGCCCCUACCCUUUGAAAAGGACCUCUAUUAACAUGCCAAUUUUUACAAUAGAUGAUUUUAGUUUCUGGAUAGAUACGACAUUCGUCGUAAAGUUAAACCAAUAAAAACGAAACAUUUUUAAUUUUUUUUCAAAAUUUACUUUCAAAAUAUUUGUUCUCCUGGAGUGGACUUGAAUAAAGAAAAAUUGCUUCAAAGAGCUG